AUGCACACUGUGGUGGUGCGGGUCUACAUUGGGUCGUUCUGGGCCCAGCCCCUGGUGCCCGACAACAGGAAGCUGUUUGAGGCCGAGGAGCAGGACCUGUUCCUGGACAUCCAGUCGCUGCCGCGCAACGCAGCGCUGCGCAAACUCAACGACCUCAUCAAGCGGGCGCGCCUCGCCAAGGUGCAAGCCUACAUCAUCAGCUCGCUGAAGAAGGAGAUGCCGGCGAUGUUCGGGAAGGACACGAAGAAGAAGGAGCUGAUCGCCAACCUGUCGGAGAUCUACCAUCGCAUCGAGAAGGAGCACCAGAUCUCCCCCGGGGACUUCCCCAACAUCGCCAAGAUGCAGGAGCUGCUGAAUGGCCAGGACUUCACCAAGUUCCCCGUGCUGCGGCCCAAGCUGCUGGAGGCGGUGGAGGACAUGCUGGCCAACGACAUCGCCAAGCUCAUGAUCCUGGUGCGGCAGGAGGAGGCAGACAUGCCCAGCCAGAAGGUGAAGGGCGGGGCCUUUGAGGGCACCAUGAACGGGCCCUUCGGCCACGGCUACGGCGAGGGCGCCAGCGAGGGCAUCGACGAGAUGGAGUGGGUGGUGGGCCGCGACAAGCCCACCUACGACGAGAUCUUCUACACGCUGUCGCCCAUCAACGGCAAGGUGUCGGGCGCCGCCGCCAAGAAGGAGAUGGUGAAGUCCAAGCUCCCCAACACGGUGCUGGGCAAGAUCUGGAAGCUGGCCGACGUGGACAAGGACGGCUUCCUGGACGAUGAGGAGUUCGCCCUGGCCAACCACCUGAUCAAGGUGAAGCUGGAGGGCCACGAGCUGCCGGGGAAGCUCCCCGAGCACCUGGUGCCCCCCUCCAAGAGGGGCCUGGUGGACGACGAGGAGGAGGUGGCGUGAGGAGGAGUGAGGGGCCCGCUGGAGCAGGAGUGACGAGGAGUGAGAAGGAGUGAGGGGCCCGGUGGAGA